ACAACGAUACCGAGCGGUUGGCGUUUCUCCUCUGCAAGCAAAAGUUUUUCGUUUUUUAAGUGCCCAAAGACAGCAGUAGGCAGCACCAACAACAAUUUGUAAAUUCUGCUGCCAACGCACAGCCGUUUUUCUAACUCGGCCCUACAAUAACAACAACAGCUGCAGCGGCAGCAACGACGAGAACGCGUUCGUUGUGUGUCGUGUGUGUGUGUGUGUUAAAAGCGAGUGAAAAAAAAGUUGUGCAAAAAUCGCAGAGGAAACAAAAAGCUCAGCAGCAAAGCAAUAAAAAUAAAAUCACAAAGUGCCAUCCACAAAUACACAAAAUACAAGAAAUACGAAUAAAGAAAAACUCCAACGACGAAUACGUGCUAAAAAUAAUCAAAACAACAAAAUAAAUCGCAACUGCAACUGAAAGCGAAAGUAAUCCUAAAGUGCUUGAGUGCUUCAUGACAUCGUAAGAUGACAUCGCAUUCCUAUUAUAAGGAUCGUCUCGGUUUCGAUCCCAAUGAGAUUCAACAUGAGGCAUCAACCAAUAGUCUUCAACGCCAGCAGCAGCAGCAGCAACAUCACAGCAGCAGCAGCACCACCACCAAUUCCAUGAAACGCAGCAGCUCAAGGCAGACGCAUCAGCAUCACCAGAGCUAUCAUCAUGCCACAACAACGAGCAGCUCCGCCGCAUCGCCGGCACGAAUCUCUGUCUCGCCCGGAGGCGGUGGCAAUGGCGGUGGCAAUGGCACCCUGGAAUAUCAUCAGGUGCAACGCGAGCAGCGUGAUCGUGAAUUGUAUGCGAAUGGCCAUAACAGCAGCAGCAGCAGCAAUCACCACCACCAUCAUCAACAGCAGCAGCAGCAGCAGCAUUCGCAUCAUCGGCACUCGCAAGGUCUGAUUGAAGCGAGUCCGGCGGCGAAGAAGGCGAAACACUCGUCGACGCAGGCGCAACCGCAGGGCGGUUACGAGGAUGCGUUGACACAGUUUAAAGACGAACGCGAUGCCAUUCAAAAGAAGACUUUCACAAAAUGGGUUAACAAACAUCUUAAAAAGCAUUGGAAAUAUGCCAAGACUUACACAAUGCUACACGUUUGUGUUACGACAAAUGGUAUACCCUGUUGUUCACAGUCUGCCAAUCGAAGAGUUGUCGAUUUAUUUGAGGAUUUGCGCGAUGGUCACAAUUUGCUUUCACUCUUGGAGGUGCUAUCUGGCGAACACCUGCCACGAGAGAAGGGAAAAAUGCGUUUCCACAUGCUGCAGAAUGCACAAAUGGCGCUGGACUUUCUGCGCUACAAAAAGAUCAAAUUGGUCAACAUACGCGCCGAAGAUAUUGUGGAUGGCAAUCCCAAGCUAACGCUGGGCCUGAUCUGGACAAUUAUAUUGCAUUUCCAGAUCUCCGAUAUUGUUGUGGGCAAAGAGGACAACGUAUCUGCUCGCGAGGCUCUGCUGCGCUGGGCACGCCGAUCGACCGCUCGCUAUCCGGGCGUGCGCGUCAAUGAUUUUACAUCAUCGUGGCGAGAUGGUUUGGCCUUCUCGGCCUUGGUGCAUCGCAACCGACCCGACUUGCUUGACUGGCGAAAGGCAAGGAACGAUCGGCCACGCGAUCGCCUCGAGACGGCAUUCCAUAUUGUGGAGAAGGAGUACGGUGUUACACGUCUAUUGGAUCCCGAGGAUGUGGACACCAAUGAGCCGGAUGAGAAAUCCCUGAUCACGUACAUUUCAUCGCUGUACGAUGUAUUCCCGGAGCCACCAUCAAUUCAUCCGUUGUUCGACAUGGAGUCACAACGUCGCGUUCAUGAAUAUCGCGAUUUGGCACAACAGUUCAUCUAUUGGUGUCGCGAGAAGACCGCUUAUCUGCAGGAACGUUCGUUCCCGCCUACGCUGAUCGAGAUGAAGCGUCUGCUGAGCGAUCUGCAGCGUUUCCGCAGUGAGGAAGUUAGCGCACGCAAACGCGAAAAGUCCAAGCUUAUUCAGAUCUACAAGGAGCUGGAGCGUUACUUCGAAACCGUGGGUGAAGUUGAUGUGGAGGCUGAUCUGCGACCAGAUGCCAUUGAGAAGGCCUGGUACCGCAUGAAUACCGCACUGCAGGAUCGUGAGGUCAUACUCCAGCAGGAGAUCGAGCGAUUGGAACGCUUGCAGCGUCUGGCCGAUAAGGUACAGCGUGAGAUUAAGCAUGUCGAUCAUAAGCUUACCGAUCUGGAGAACCGCAUCAGCGAGGAGGGACGUCGCAUUGAGCGUCUGCAUCCGGUAGAUGCCAAGAGCAUUGUGGAGGCACUUGAGACGGAGAUCAGGCAUCUGGAGGAGCCCAUACAGGACAUGAACCAGGACUGCCAUGUACUCAACGAGGGACGCUAUCCCCAUGUUAGCGAACUGCACAAGAAGGUCAACAAAUUGCAUCAACGCUGGGCUCAACUGCGCACCAAUUUCCAUACGAACCUGGUACAGAAACUGUCCGGUUUAAAGUUCCCCGUCCAUGAGACGACCGUAACGCGUCAGACGCGCAUGGUUGUCGAAUCCCGACAGAUUGAUACCAAUCCCCACUUCCGUGAUCUGCAGGAGCACAUCGAAUGGUGCCAGAAUAAAUUGAAACAAUUGCUUGCCGCGGACUAUGGCAGUGAUCUGCCAUCGGUCAAGGAGGAACUCGAUCGUCAACAGCACGAGCACAAGAUCAUCGAUCAGUUCCAUUCUAAAAUACUCAACGAUGAACGUCAACAGACCAAGUUCUCUGGCGAUGAACUGAAUCUGUAUCAACAGCGUCUCAAUCAACUGCAAAAGGUCUAUGCCGAGUUGCUUAGCACCUCGACAAAGCGUCUAUCCGAUCUGGACUCGCUGCAGCACUUCCUUAAGCAUGCCUCCGACGAACUUCAGUGGCUGAACGAGAAGGAACAGGUGGAAAUCACACGUGACUGGGCGGACAAACAACUCGAUCUGCCCUCCGUGCACAGAUACUACGAGCGUGCAUUUGGUAAUGGCGACGAGAACCUUAUGUCCGAGCUGGAGAAGCGUGAGAUGCACUUUGCCACCAUUUUGGAUCGCGGAGAAGCUCUGCUCAAUCAACAGCAUCCUGCAUCGAAGUGCAUUGAGGCCCAUCUGACAGCAUUGCAACAGCAAUGGGCCUGGCUUUUGCAGCUGACCCUCUGCCUGGAGGUGCACCUGAAACAUGCCACCGAAUACCAUCAGUUCUUUGCCGAAAUCAAGGAUGCCGAGCAGUGGCUAACCAAACGCGAUGAAAUACUCAACAGCAAGUACUCGCAGUCCGACUUCGGUUUGGAUCAAGGCGAGGCUUUGUUGCGUGGCAUGCAGGAUCUGCGGGAGGAGCUGAAUGGUUUCGGUGAAACCGUCGCAACAUUGCAGCGUCGUGCUCAGACAAUUGUGCCGUUGAAUAAGCGACGUCAGCCGGUGAAUCGACAGGGUCCAGUGCAGGCGAUUUGUGCCUACAAGCAGCAAGGUCAGCUGCAGAUUGAGAAGGGCGAAACGGUCACCUUGCUGGACAAUUCGGGACGUGUGAAGUGGCGUGUGCGCACCUCAAAGGGUCAGGAAGGAUCCAUACCCGGCGCCUGUUUGUUACUGCCACCCCCCGACCAGGAGGCUAUCGAUGCUGCUGAGCGACUUAAGCGAUUGUUUGAUCGCUCCGUUGCAUUGUGGCAGAAAAAGCAUCUGCGUCUGCGUCAGAACAUGAUCUUUGCCACGAUCCGUGUGGUCAAGGGCUGGGACUUUGAUCAGUUCCUGGCCAUGGGACCCGAACAGCGUACGGCCAUCAGGCGUGCUCUGAACGACGAUGCGGAUAAAUUGCUCAGCGAGGGCGAUCCAAAUGAUCCGCAGUUGCGACGAUUGCGCCGUGAAAUGGACGAGGUCAAUCGAUUGUUCGAUGAGUUUGAGAAGCGCGCCCGAGCCGAAGAGGAGAGCAAACAGGCAAGUCGCAUUUUCACCGAGGAAUGCAUUGCGAUCAAGAGCAAACUGGAGGAUAUGGCCAGAGAGUUGGAUCAGAUCAUAUUGGCACCAUUGCCACGUGAUCUGGACUCCCUGGAGCACGUGCUCGAGAUCCAUGCCGAUUACGAGCGACGUCUGCAGUUGCUCGAACCCGAGCUUAAGCAUUUGCAAGAGACCUUCCGUACGAUUGCGCUGAAGACGCCAGUGCUAAAGAAAUCGCUGGAUAAUCUGAUGGAGCUGUGGAAGGAACUCAAUACGCAAAGCGGACUGCACAAGGAUCGCUUGAAGUUGCUGGAAGCCUCAUUGGCUGGCCUCGAGGACAACGAGCAUGUCAUCUCCGAGCUAGAGAACGAAUUGGCCAAGCAUCAGGAUCUGCCCUCAACAGCCGAGGGACUCCAGCAUGUGUUCAAGCAGUUGACUCACAUGCAGGACAUCAUCACACAGCAACAGCCGCAGAUGGACAAGAUGAAUGAUGCAGCCGAUCAGUUGGGACGUAUGGGCGUGCCCACCAAGGUGCUAGGCGAUCUCAAGCGUCUGCACUCGAACGUGGAGCGUCUAAAUACGCGCUGGAGUGCGGUCUGCAAUCAAUUGGGCGAAAGAAUGCGCUCAUGCGAGACGGCAAUUGGCCUGAUGAAGAAUCUCCAAUCAAGCGUGCAAGUCGAGGAAUCAUGGGUGGAUGGCACUACGGAACGUCUAUCGGCCAUGCCAACAGCGACUUCAGCUUACGAAUUAGACAAACUGCUCGGAGCUGCUAUCGAACGAAAACCAAAAAUCGAAAAUGUCAACGUGGCUGGAGGACGACUCAUUCGCGAAGCUAAGAUUUACGAUAGUAAAUGUCUGCGCUUUGUGGAUUGGUUGCUUGAGGCGCGUCCUUCAUUCUCGCCGCCACGCAGGGAUCUGCGUCCGGCGGACAGCGAUCCGGGUGCGACACAGUAUUACAGCCAGCGUUUGGAUAAUUUAAACACGAAAUACGACAGACUGCUGGAACAAUUGUCACAGAGGCUAAAAACUGCAAUCGAGGUAAACGGCAGCGAUGGUCUGCAAUACGCUGAAAGUCUACAGAAACCGCUGAAGACCUUUAGAGUUGACUUCAGUGCGGGCAGCGUACCAACUGGCGAUGGUUACGCUGCACGUCCAGAUGAUCUCUAUACCACCACAUAUAGCACAACACAAUUUAGCUCAACGAAAACAACGAAAAGCUCGUCUAAGAGCAUCUAUAGCAGCGAUGGCAUCGAUGCUGUAGCCGGUCAGGAAGUGGACUCUGCACCCCAGUCCCAAAUACAGUUCCACGAGAUACGCAGUAAUCUGAAGAGAUUGCCAGGCAAUGGCACUUCGGUGCUGGACAUUGCCGGCAUACGGGAUCCACGCACUGGUCGUGUACUCACCAUCGGUGAGGCGAUCCAGUUGCGAAUCCUUGAUGUACGCACCGGCGAAAUGCUGGUGGGUGAUCGUCGCAUCACUUUGGAACAGGCGGCCGAUCAGGGUCUGAUUGAUGAACAGCUGGCGAGACAGUUGCUUCAGCCAGGCGCUGGACGUGAUGGGGCCGGCCGCGAGCUGUCGCUGCUGGAGGUGAUACAGCGCGAGAUAAGCGAAGCGGAAUCUGGCUAUGAAACGGCCGAGAAACGCAUCAAGGUAAACAACACAGUCACAGUAGAGCAAUCGCAGUCGCAAUCCCAAACGGAUGCGACAUCACCGGAGAAACCGAGAAAUAUUGCCGACGCCAUUUAUGCGGGAAGUGUGGAUGCCAAGACGGGUCUGUAUCGGGUCAAAUCGGGCCAAACUAUCAGCCUGGCGGAGGCCUACGAGCGUGGCUAUCUCAUCCGGCACGAAUCGGUGACAAUCAAAUCGAAUGCGCUGUGCCUAAGCGAUGCCAUUGCCCAUGGCCUGGUAGAUACAGCUGGCUGGAUCAUUGAUCGUAAUUCCGGUGAUAAGUUCCGUUUAGACUCGGCGAUUGCCAAUCAACUGAUCGAUGCGAGCGUUCGCGAAGUUGUCGACGCGAAGCGGGACGUGAAAAUUACACUGCAAGCGGCAUUGCAGUCGGGUGUAUUGAACGCGAAAACGGGACGAUAUAUGAAUGAGGUAACCAAAGAGAAGCUUAGCUUCUUGGAGGCGCGUAAUCGUCAAUUGAUUGUUAAGCCGUAUACCCUGAAGGACAUUUGUGAUCUGAAUCUGCUCGAUAAACAGAAUCUAAUCACGAGUCCAAUGCGUCGCGAGAAACUAAGCAUCAUGCAGGCCAUCGAGUCGGGAGUAUUGGAUGGUAAUCAGCUUAAGUGCAUUACCAAGCGAAAGGGUGAGUUGAUCACACUGCAGGAAGCUAUUGCCGAUGGCAUUGUCCUUCCUGCCGAAUGCAAGUAUCGCGAUUUUAUGACAGGCGAAUUGAUUAGCAUACCCGAGGCGGUAGAACGUGGUCUAAUUAGUUCGGUGGCUCAGCGAUCUAUUUUUGAUAUUGAUGGUUUCAAAGAUCUGCGUAGCAAUGAUUAUGUUAGCUUUAAUGUUGCCCUCUCGCGCGAUCUAUUACGUCGCAAGAGCACGGGCUUUGCCUUAGAGACAGGUCGGGAUAGUCUGGUGCCACUCGAGGUGGCUGUGAGUGAGGGGUUGGUGCGACAGGAGGUUUAUGAGAUGUUUAGUCGUGGCAUUGGCGUUCACAAUGCCAGUGGCAAGGAGCUGAAUGUCUUUGAUUUGGUAUAUCACAAUCUAAUUGAGCCGAAAACGGGAUAUUUGCUCGACCCUAAGACUGGUGAAACAGUGCCUCUGGACACCGCCAUCGAGCGAAAGUUCAUAACCCCCGAGGGUGCUUUGCUGCUUAGCAGCCUGCUUAAUAUUACACUGACCACUGAGACUGUAACAAGGACGAUUAAUCGAUAUGUUACCAUACGUGCCGGCUCACAGGAGCCUGGAGACACUGUUCUCUUAACAUUCACGGAAGCCGUCCGACAAGGUUUCAUUGACGAAGACAGACAACUUUUCAAAGACCCCAAAACGGGUAAUGUGUAUUCUGUUCAGCAAGCUCUUAAUUAUGGCCUACUCGUACCAGAUAGUAAUCAGACGGUACCGGAGCCGACAAACCGCAAAAAGACAAAGUCAACUAUUACAAUAGUGACGAAACAGAUAAUACCAGAAGCCGAGCCCAUUAAACUGAAUACACAGCACACGAAAUAUGUGGAAAAGUCCGUUGAAAUACCCAUUUCCCAGGAGCUCAUUAAACCACAACGUGUCGUCUCAGAGUUUAUCAACAUGGAUAAGAGCAGCUACAUCGAACAAAAUGUGACGGAGCGACAAAUUAUGGAAUUGCCACCAGGUGGUUGGCGUCUCAAGGAUGCCAUUGAGCAGCGUCUCUUUAAUCCCGAUACGGGAGUAUUCCAUGUGCAGGGAACCGAUCGGUUAGUCAACUUUGAAGAAUGUAUUGACAAGCAGAUCAUCAACAACUUAUCUGUGGCCGUAAUUGAGCCUAACACUGGUGAUAAAAUUUCCAUAAAAUCGGCCUUCGAACGCGACAUCCUGGAUAGCUAUGGAAACUAUACAAAUAAUAGGCAGCAGGUUCUGGGUAUGCGAAGUGCCAUCGCCGAGGGUAAAAUUGUUUUGGAAACAGUUCCGGCAACGCGUGGAGCUAGCCAAAAGACUAUUCUACGGAUUACGAGAGUUAACAACAUGCCCGAUGUGCUCGAGGUGUCGACUCCACUGAAGAAUGCUCCACCACGCUUUGUGGAGGUCAGCACAUGCCAGCGGGAAUUGGCUUCACCGGAGCCACUGCAAAUUGCACCUGGAGCUAUCUAUGAUCCAUCGACAGCACUUGUAAUUUUCACGCAGAGCGGCGAGACGGAGAACAUCUUUGAUGCUGCGCGACAGGGACUGAUCGAUGAGCAGCUCAUCAAGAUUGUGGAUCCGACAACAAAACAAACGAUUUCAGUAACGGAGGCCAUCGCUCGCUCUAUUUAUGAUCCCCGAACGGCAACAAUACUGAAUGCAGAGGGUCAACCUGUUGACUUGAUAACUGCCACGAAACUGGGACUGCUCAGUGUGGUGGGUGCUCCAUUGGUGGCAGCUGAAGGAGCUCUGCGUACAGUUCGCUUUGUUGUCGACCCACGCACCGGUGAGCAAAUUCCUGUUGAAGUUGCCUAUGAGCGUGGCAUCGUAUCACGUGAUCAAUUGCAACGUGGACGAUCGUUUGAGAACGAGCCUAAAAUCACGACGGAAGAAAAGAUUGUGGUGCUGCAGAAAAUGCGCAAGAUUAUUUUGAAACCACGCGAUGCAUUGCGCAAGGGUAUUAUCGAUGAGGAAACCUGUCAAAUACUCGAGGAUACCCGCAACUUUACUGAUCCUCAGGGCGAAGUUGUCAACAUUACCGAGGCUCUCAACACGGGUCUGAUCGAUGGUCGACGUGGCCAGGUCACGGACCCACAGGGUAAUCGAGUGUUAAAUUUGCGACAGGCUGUCGAACAAAAGAUUUUGGAUCCUGAACAAACCAAUCACAUUCUCAUGCCACUGGCAAAGAGCCUCUCCGUACCCAGACUGGAGGCUCAGGGUCUCAUUGAUCCACAGACACAGACUAUUGUCCAUCCCGAGAGCGGCUAUCCAUUGAGCAUUCAUGAGGCCAUCGUUUGUGAGGUGCUGGAUCCUCAUUCCACACUGCAGAAACCCACAAAAUGCACGCUAGAAGAAGCUAUCGAGAAGGGCAUUAUCAAUCCCGAUGAGUCCACAUUCAAUUACAAUGAUAAGACCCUGAACAUCUCAGAGGCUAUUAGGGCCAAUUUGUUUGAUGUAAGCUAUGACAAGCAAAAGUCAAAGGUCGACAUUCCACCGGUUGGCAUGAUACUGCCAGUUGCCGUGGAGAAGAGUCUUGUUGAGCCCAUAAAGCGUGUGGUACUGCAUCCAAGCUCAAAGCAGGCAUUGCCCAUUAAGCAGGCAAUUGAAGAUAACUUCAUUAUGUCUAUUCCCUAUGCACCUAAACCGGAUGCCAUUGAAGUGGUGUCAGCUAUGGAACAGAAUCUAAUUGACGUGGCUGCUCAGACUGUGACGCAUCCAAAAACUGGCGAGCGUCUUCCCCUUCGUCAGGCAUUAGAGAAUGGAGUGGUUGUAGUCAAGCAAUUGUCGGACUUUGUUGUCACCCAAAAACCAAUUGCAAAAACAGAAAUCAUGGAGACAGUGCGAGCUGUACAUACGGUAACAACUAAAACCAUUGAACUGAUGCAAGGCUAUGUACUCAUCUCAAACAAUGAAGUGCAGAAUGUAAACACUGGUGAAGUGUGCAGUUUAGAAGAGGCUAAAGAGCUAGGUAUUUUACGCGAGGAAGCUGUCACAAGAGAGACUAAAGCUUCGGCUGGCGAUCAUCUGAAUGUGGAUGAGGUCAACUCUGUUACAAUUCCAACUUCCAGCGAUCAAACUAUGGUUGUUGAAGAACGCUCACAAACCGUUGUGGUGAGCUCGGACACGCGUAAACAGGAAAUGCAAGUUAUUAGCACAACCACACAGCAAACGGCAAAGGACACGGCAAGCACAGAGAUUGAAGUUAAGUCAAACAAAGAACCAUCCAAAACCUUGCAGAAUGUUAAGGAUGCGGCCAAGUUGGGCGCUCUCGGCGUCAUCGCAGCGCCUGUCCUGGCUGGUGGUGCUCUUGUCAGUGGUGUAAAGAGUCUUAUCAAGUCAGCUAAGUCGCCGUCUGAUGACGUAAAAUCGACAACUACAACAACUACCACAAUUAUUAGCUCGAAGGAUGCACAACAGCCAGAGAAACCUGUAGUUAGUUUCGUUGAAGCCCCACAAUCAAAGGUCCAGGAGCAGCCACAAGGACAACCACGGGAUCCUCAGCCCCAACAAGUAGCAAGUGAAGUUGAUACUCUGCUGCAGGAUACCGAACAGUUUAUCAGCUCCACAACAGCCAAUUUCAUUGCCAAUGAAAAGCAACAGCAACUGCCAAGGGAACAACAGCCUGAGACAUUGCCAACGGGAACAAGCAGCGUAAUCACUGAAGGAUUCACAAGUACCACAACGACAACAGUCACAACUAUCACUACCUCAACUACAGAAUCCAAGGAAGAGGAACCCGUUGUGGUGAUUCAAGAGGAGAAAUCAACUGUACCUGUUAAGGAACAACAACAAGUGCCUAAGGUAACAGAAAUGGAAGAGGUCAAGCCAGAUGUUACCCAAGUUACCGACACCGUCCACACUGUGACCACUACGGAAUCAAUUCCAAUUGUCUCAGAACCCCAGAAUAUAGCGGAGGAACCCAAGGAAGAGGAUAAGCAACAGUCUCAGAUAGAUACAGUUGGCAAACCAGAACCAAAGCCCAGAACUACAGUUAAAGAGGAGGUAACUGAAUUUGAGCCUCCUUACACUGCACCAUUGGCGCCAUUUGAGAACCAAGAGUCGCAAGUCACAGAGAUUAAGGUAACGGUAACCGAAGAACCUGUCAGUACGGAAUCGCAAACGUUAACAACGACGAAAACAAUGACAACCGUAACAACAACAAAGACAAUUGAAGAGAAACCCAUUGUUGAAGAAGUUACAGAGACUAUUGUCACAAGUCCGUCAAAAUCAGAUGAGAAACCAGAUGAAUCUCCUGCAGUAGAAACUUCCACUGUAAUCGUGGAACCUGUUGAAACUCCCAAAAGCAACGUUAUUCUGGAAGAAAGGGUAGUAACUGUUGAAGAGCCAACAACUACAGAAUCUUCAACCUCUAUCACUACCACUACAAUAACUACAACAACAGUUACCAGUGAGGAACAGUUGCCUGAAAAAUCGGUCACUGUUACUGUGGAAAAAUCAGCACCACAAGAGAAGCUUACGGAAGAACAGAUCCCGAAGGAAAAGCUAGUAGAAGAACAAACAACGAGCGAAGAAAAGCCCAAGGAAGUCCUAACUAAAGAGACUUUAACACAAGAGCCAAUAGUUUCGGCACAAACAACAGAAACGAUAACCACAGUAAUCACUGUAACAAAGGAGCAACAACAACAACCAGGUUCCCUUGAGCAAGGGAAACCACAAGAUAGCACCUCAGAUAAACAUCAAACAGUUGUUGACUUUAUUGAAAAUGAGAAAGGACAACAGCCAUCGACUGCAGGUGGCAGCAACAUUCUGCAAAAUGUCAAAGAUGCAGCCAAGUUGGGAGCACUUGCUAUUGUGGGUGCACCUGUGUUAGCCGGCAAGGCUUUGGUGGAUGCCCUUAGCACAGAUAAGGUAGCUCAACCUGUUCAAAAGACAACGGAAAUUGUCACGGCAACUACAGAGGAAUCAUUGCCAGAAAGCUCGUCAAGCACGACAAUUGUUACAAAGAUUACGACGACGACGACAACAACAAGUAGCAGCACUACAGAAACUACACCAGAUGAUGAAGCCAGAGAUACUGUGGAGGAGACUCAAAUAACCACCAUAGAACACUCGGGCAAGCGCGAUGUGCCUUUAACGCUGGCAAUCGGUGAUGCCAUCUCACAGAAACUUAUUAGUCCAGAAGAAUGUCAAGUGAUUGUAGAUGGAGAGCCUCAGUCAGAGAGUGUGGCAACAUUGCUCAAGGAUGAACAACUAAGUCCAUUGGACGAAGUGCAAAUUAUUGACGACAAAUUAAUUGUACUGCAACAGGUUACCUACCUCGUGGAUGUUGAUACCGAACUGACACCUGAAAAGCUGUACGAACUAAACAUAUACGAUCCAAACCAUCAGUACUUCAUAGAUCCGUCCACGGGACAAAAGAUAUCCUUCCAGACACUCGUCUUUGAAAUGAAUAUUUUUAAUCCUGAAACAAUACUGGUGAAAAACUUUAGUACAGGCAAAUAUGAGACCUUGACCGCUGCUCUGGAGCGUCCUCUUUUGGAUAAGCAUACGGGCCACAUGGUCGAUCCAAAAACUGGCAAGAAAAUACCAUUCUUUGAAUGCAUUGAACGUCAGUGGAUAAUUCGUGCCAAUCCAGAAGAACAGCGUCCCGCGCCCAUCGAGAAUGUUGUGAUCGAUGCACAGACAGGAAAGGUCGUUCUUGACGAUGGUCAAGUUUGCUCCAUUGUUGAGGCCAUCAACACUGGCAAGCUGGACAUUCAGUCGAUAUCGGUGCGCGACCCAGUUAGCGGUGAGGUCAUUCCACUGCGUAUGGCAAUUGAGUUGGGAGUGGUUGAUAUGCAGGCUGGUACGGUCAUAGAUAUUCAGACACUGAAAGAAAUACCCAUGGAACUGGCAUUCCAAUUAGGUUUCCUUGUGCCUGGUGCACGUAAGCCGAUUUCCCUUGAAGCUGCUGUUCGCAAGGGUCUUUACGAUCCAGAGACUGGCAAACUUUACGAUUCCGAAUCUCAGAAUCAAGUCGAUGUGCAAAAAUCUAUUGAAAUUGGUCUGGUCGAUCCAAAGAUUUCGCUAAUUGUUGAUACAGUUACAAAGAAAGAGUUGAAACUCGACUGCGCCAUUGAGGAUGAUCUUGUAGUUCCGGCAACUGGCCAGAUAAAGGAUAAUAAGAACAAUACGCUCGUAUCCUUUGACGUGGGUGUACAGCAACGUCUAGUUAAGACCGACAGCGUUACCUGGAGUCUGCCUGAGCUGCUUCAGCGUGAAUAUUACUCGCCCAGCACUGGCAGGGUGCUCAAUCCUGUCACUGGUGAGGAUAUACUGCUGCAACAGGCCAUUGAAAUGGGCUUUGUCGAAUUGGAUUCAACGCUGGUUAAGGAUGCUGAGCAUGAUAAGAUUGUGCCCGGUAAGGAAGCUGCCAAAUUGGGACUGUUGGAUACAGUACGUGGCACUCUCAGUUCGCCAAACAUCAGUUUGGAUGAAGCCUUUGUAAAGGGUUAUCUAAUUAGUACUAAGUCUCCCCUCUCCUUAGUCGAUUGCCUGCUGCGUGGUCUAUACGAUCCUUUGACAGCAAAAUUCACCAUCGACAAGAAACAACUCGACUUGAAGUCGGCCAUUGCCCAGAAGCUCAUUAAUCCCGAAGAGCUUGUUCUGUUAGACCCCAAAACGGAAUCAAUAAUUUCCUUAAACGAGGCUAUAGCCAAGGGUUAUCUUGAUCCAGUUGGUGGCUUUGUCAUCAACCCCUUCGCCUCUACGAAGCUGUCAUUAAACGAAGCACUCGAGAAUCGGAUUCUUAUUCCACCCAAGCGCAAGCGCAGUCUACCUGAUGCUGUAUACAGAGGAUUAUACGACCCCAAGACCGGCCAGUUUAGCAAUACAGUCACUCGGGAGAAGUUAACAACUGAACGUGCUAUUCGUAGGGGAAUACUCGAUCCCGAUUCGACGGUCGUCAAUGUGUGUGGUCAGGUUAUACCCUUUGGUGUAGCCACCGAAACAGGCAUUGUGGAUAGCCAACAAGGUACGGUGAGGGACAGCGCUGAAGAUAAGCAAAUUGAUUUUAAGGAAGCCUUCGACAAGGGUGUACUUGUAGAGGCAAAGAAACCCUUGCGUCUCAUUGAGGCUGUUGUGAAAAACAUCUAUGACGAGACCGAUGGUCAUUUUGUUGAUCCCAAGACGGGCUAUAAAUUGAACUUUGCCGAAGCCCUCGACACUAAUCUGCUUGAUGAGCACAGUGUUCAGAUCAGGGACUUCAAGACCGGCCUAUACAAGCAACUAAAUCUGACACACGCCAAGGAUGAGGGUAUUAUCGAUCCCCAGAGCUCAAAACUUCUGUACAACAACCAGACUGUUACUAUUAAGCACGCUUUCAACAUUGGCAUCCUUAUGGAUGUGAAUGCUCCCAUUAGCGUGCAGCGUGCCAUUCAUCAGGGUCUAUUCGACGACAAAACUGGCAAGCUAAGCGAUCCUAAGACUGGUCGCCAGAUCACCUUACUUGAGGGUAUGCGUAGUUUUGUGAUUAAUCCCCAUUUGCCGUGCUACUUUGACGAGCAGACUGAGCAAAUGUUCACCCUCAGCGAGACUUGCCGCAAUGGCAUCAUCAAUAGAAGAGAGGGCGUCUUUAAGGAACCGGGCAGCAGUGCCUUUGUGCCUUUAGGGGAAGCAUUGAGUUUGGGACUGAUUGUGGAUAUUGAGAACGCUGGCUUUGGCCUUUACGAGCUCUUGUCCAUGGGCUUCUAUGACGUGCCCACACGUAAAGUUCUUCAUCCAGUGACGAAUCGCAAGCUCAAUCUGAAUGAGGCAUGCGUUGAAGAUGUGGUUAGUCUGUCCUCAAGCUUAGUUAAACACCAUGCGACUGGAAAGUACAUGCGCCUUGCGGCUGCCCUAAAGGAGCAGCUCAUAGAUGAUACCAAGGGUUGCUACAAUUUGCCCAGUGAACAGUUAGACUUACAGACAGCUAGAGCUCGAGGUCUAAUCGUGUCGAAUCGUCGCCUCUUGAGUCUCGAAAUGGUAUUGCGUAUGCAGUUGUAUCGACCCGACACUGGCAAAUUCUGUGAUCCCACGACCGGUGAAUAUCUCGACUUGAUUGAAGCCAUACAUGCAGGUUUCAUAGAUCCCGCGAGUACCGUCUUUAAGAAUCAGUUAACGGGUAAAGAGCUUCCUCUAACCGAGGCAAUCGAAAACAGCGAAAUUGAUGUAUCAAAGGGCCGCGUUUUUGAUCCUAAAUCAAAGUCCACCUACAACUAUGAUGUAGCAUUCACUCGUGGCAUACUCGUGACAGUACCGCGACCUCUAACAGAUCGCAACGAAGUCGUCCGUCGCAUGGACAGUGUCGAGCUGUUGAGUCAAACGCCCGUGAGCGUCGUUAUUAGCAAACCACGCGAAAUGUCUCUCGAGGAGGCAAUCAGGUACAACAUUAUCGAUCCAAAAACGGCUCUUGUACGAGAUUUUGAUAGUUAUAAGUUCCUGCCAUACGCUGUGGCUCAGGAACGCGGUUUAGUCGAUGUCACCAAGCGAACGCUCGUUGAUCCAAAAGCCUUGUACUUUGCAUUCGAUCCCACAUUGAUUAUUUACGUGCGCGAACCGAUCACAUUUGAUCAGGCAGCCGAGUCUAAGGAAUUGGAUCUGCAAACCGGCAUGCUAAAUUAUCUGCCAGGCGCUACCGUUAGCAGCGUUGGCGAGGAUAGCGCAAACGAUUCACUGACUGUCAUCGAAGCACCGAAGGUAUACACGCUUAAAGACGCCGCCAGUGCAGGCAUUAUUGACCCCGAUUCGGCACUGGUCAAGGAUCUGGCCAAGGCGAAGCUGGUGCGUUUGCCAGAGGCAUUCCGCAAGGGUCUCAUGGAUGCCAAUAAGGCGAAUGUGUUGAAUACACAGACCUCAAAGCUCUGCACACUGCAGGAAGCCUACGAGACAGGCUUGAUCUGUACACCGAAACGUUCAUUUGGUUUGCUAGAAUCGAUCACCUUCAACCUGUAUAAUCCAACCAAUGGUUGUCUAGUAGAUCCCUUCCAAAUGCAUCCCGAUAUCAUCAAGCGUAAGAAAUACACAUUGGCUGAAACCAUUGCUUCCGGCCUAAUUGAUCCCUCCUCGACUGUGGUCCGUGAUCCCAGCACUGGGGUCAUCGUACCACUGACUGCCGCCAUUGGCAGCGGCUUAAUCGAUCCAGUUGCUGGCCGACUUAACGAUCCUAAUGAGCCAAAGAAUAAUAUUGAUUUGGUGAAGGCAGCCGAGAAGGGCUUACUCCUGCCAGCCGAACAGCGGCAAGCAGUAUUCGAGAAGUUCAACAUGUGCGAAGAGAAUGUCAACGAUCUUCUUAAAUGGGUCACAUCUGUCGAACAGAAAAUCUCAAGCGUUGGGGGACCACGCGAAAAAAUCGAUGAAUUGCGCAAUCAAAUCAAUGCGCUCAAACAAAUAAAGGAUGAAAUUGAAUCCCAGCAGCGCCCUGUUGCCACCUGCCUCGAGCAAAUCCGUCAGAUUGUGCUCACCGGCGGCGAUGUACUGUCUGCACCAGAGGUGACAACCCUUGAAAACUCUGGACGUGAGCUGCGCUCUCGUGUGGAUCGUGUCAAUGAUCGCACCGUGCGUCUGCUGCGUCGACUGGAGGCUGGACGUGAUGAGUUGACUAAGUUGCGCAGCGAGCUGGACGUGUUCUCUGACUGGCUGCAGCUAGCUCGUCGCACGCUGGAGGACAAAGAACGCUCCUUAUCAGACCUCACCCGUCUUUCCUCGCAAGCUGACACCAUACGUGAGUUUGUCAGCGAUGUGAUUGGACACCAAGCUGAUCUGCGCUUCAUUACGAUGGCCGCUCAGAAGUUUGUCGAUGAGAGCAAGGAGUUUUUGGCAGUUCUCAACGAUUUCCGCACAUCGUUGCCCGAGAGGUUGCCACAUGUGGAACCGCUGUCGAGUGCCGAAAGUCCAAUACGCCAGGAGGUUUCAUUGGUGUCAGCUCAGUACAAGGAUCUGCUGAAUCGUGUCAAUGCACUGCAGGAUCGGGUUUCCGGUCUGGGUGGCAGACAGCGCGAGUACCAGGAUGCUCUCGACAAGGCCAACGAGUGGCUGAGAAGUGUUCAACCACGCGUCUCCCGCGUCAUUUCUGAGCCAGUUGCCGGUGAUCCAAAGGGUGUACAGGAUCAAAUGAAUGAAGCUAAGGCGCUCCAUAAUGAGCUGCUCUCUAGUGGUCGUCUGGUCGACAAUGCACAGCAAGCGUUGGAUAACCUUUUGCGUAGCCUGGGUGGUCAAUUGAGUCCAAUGGAGAUCAAUCAAUUGGAAUUGCCAAUUGCUGAUUUGAAGAACAACUAUCAGCAACUUCUGGAUACGCUGGGCGAGCACUGCAAGACCUUAGACAAAACCUUGGUGCAGUCGCAGGGCGUGCAAGAUGCACUCGACAGCCUUGUUAGCUGGGUCAAUCAGGCAGAAGAUAAGUACAAGCUGAAUCUGCGACCCGCGUCGCUGAUUAAGGAGCGCCUGCAAGAACAGAUUCGUGAGCACAAAGUGCUACUUGCCGAUCUGCAAUCGCAUCAAGCCAGCAUUGACAGUGUCCAAAUCUCAGCGAAGCAUUUAUUAUCAAGCGCUUCGAAUGCUCGCAUUGCCAAGAAGGUUGAAUCCAAUCUGAACGAUGUUACCGGCAAAUUUGAGAAAUUGUACGAGAAGGCCAACAAGCGUGGAGAAUUCCUGGACGAUGUCUACAACCGUUUGUCCAAAUACCUGGAUGAUAUCAGCAACGUUGAGCAACGCAUGGGUAACUUGCAGGAGGCACUUGACAGCCGUGAGACCAGUCUGCUGUCUACGGAGGAGCUGGCACGCCGCAUGCAGGAUCUGUCUCGUGAAAAGGAUCAACUGGCGCCACAGUAUGAAGAUUGUGUGCGCAAUGGCAAGGAUUUGAUUAGUCUCCGUGAUGUUACCGAUACAGGAGCUUUGCGGGAUCGCAUCAAGGCAUUAGAAUCUCAAUGGCGCAACAUCAACAUCAGUAUUGAUGAGCGUGCCAAGCUGUCAAAGCAGAAGGCUGAACGCCGUCUGGCUUACGAGAGCCUUAAAGACGAUGUCUUGUCUUGGCUGACGAACACCGAGGGCCGUGUCAAUGGACUGGCGCCUGUGGCCAUCGACCUGGACAAGAUCAAGCAACAACACGAUGAGCUGAAACCCAUCUGCAAAGACUACCGCGACUAUGCACCUACAAUCGACAAGAUCAAUGACAUAGGUGCCCAAUAUGAUGCUCUCAUUCGACCAGAGAGUCCCUCCAGGAAACGGUCGACAUAUAGUCCCAUUAAGAGGACCAGCCCGCUGCGUCGCAUGUCCGGAGAUGCCAGAAGCCCCAGCCCGACCAAGGGAGGCAUACUGUCGCCACUAUCGACUGGUUCCAGUGGAUUCGGUAGCCGCAGAUCCUCUCAGGAUGGCUUCCAGCUAUCUGAGCAGUCUCCGGUUCAGCAGCAGUUGAGCGAGAUCAACAAUCGCUACGGUCUGAUUGGCGUUCGUCUCAACGAUCGUCAGCACGAGCUUGACAACCUGAGCGAAGAGGUUCGCAAACAGUACGAGAACUUGAAGGGAUUGGCUCAAUUCCUGGAUCGCAUUCAGCGCCAGGUGCCGAAGGAGUCUGUGUCCAACAAAGAAGAAGCUGAUCGCUGCAUUAAGCAGGCUCGCAAGAUCUUGGAAGAUAUGUACGAAAAGCAGAGUUUGCUGGACACCACGAAAGCGCAAAUCAAGGACAUAUUGCGUCGCAAGUCUGAUGUGCUCGGUGCCGAUCAACUGCGUCAGGAGAACGAUAACAUUCAAGAGAAAUGGAAGAAUCUCAACGAUAUUUGCAAGAAUCGUAUAGCCUUUUCCGAAAAGCUGCGUGACUUCCUGGAUACGCAUGGUAACCUCAAGAGCUGGCUGGACAGUAAGGAACGCAUGUUUACGGUCCUAGGACCCAUCUCAUCUGAUCCUCGUAUGGUACAGAGCCAAGUACAACAGGUGCAAGUGCUGCGCGAGGAGUUCCGCACACAACAACCUCAAUUGAAGCACUUCCAGGACUUGGGCCACGAUGUCGUUGAUCAUUUGGCCGGCACUCCUGAUGCUCAAGCAGUCGAACAGAAACUCAAGGAUGUGAUUACCAAAUGGGAUGAUCUAAUGGGCAAAUUGGACGAUCGUGCCAACAGUUUGGGCGGUGCAGCUGAUAGCUCCAAGGAAUUCGAUGCGGCUGUCAAUCGCCUGCGCGAAGCUCUACAAAACAUUAGCGAUAACUUGGAUACGUUGCCCACUGAUGGCGACCAUCAAGAAAAUUUGCGCAAGAUUGAGAACCUUGAACGUCAACUGGAAGGCCAGCGCCCCUUGUUGGCUGAUGUGGAACAAUCCGCAACAACUCUGUGCAAUAUUCUCGGCGAUCCGGCCUCCCGUGCGGACGUUAAUUCACGUGUAGCUGCCUUGGAAAAACAAUAUCUGGCACUGCAAAAGAAAUUGGAUACUAAGAAAGCCGAGACUGAGGCCUCGUUGCGAGAUGGCCGCCACUUUGCGGAGAAUUGUUCCAAGACGCUUGGAUGGCUGUCCGGUGAACUUUCUAAUCUCACCGACCGUCUGCUAGUUUCCGCACAUAAGCCAACGCUGCAGCACCAGAUCGACACCCAUGAGCCUAUCUACCGUGAAGUAAUGGCACGUGAGCAUGAAGUGAUUAUGCUGAUAAAUAAGGGUAAGGAUCUGUCUGAUAAACAGCAGGAUCGCACCGUCAAGCGUGAUCUUGAUCGCAUUCAACAACAGUGGGAGAAACUACGUCGUGAAGCCGUCGAUCGUCAUACGCGUCUACAAACAUGCAUGGAGCACUGCAAGAAGUAUUCCCAGACGUCGGAGACCUUCCUUGCCUGGCUGCGCACCGCCGAAGAUAAGCUUGCCGAUCUAACACCCGGCGUGCUAUCUAAGUCGAAACUGGAGACACGCCUUCGUGAUCUCCAGACCUUCCGCAGCGAGGUGUGGAAGCAUUCGGGCGAGUUUGAAAACACGAAGGGUCUUGGCGAUACCUUCCUCACAAGUUGCGAUAUCGAUAAGGAACCCAUUAAGGCUGAGCUUCAAGACAUUCGCGAUCGUUGGGAGCGUCUCAAUAAUGAUCUGAUUGCACGCGCUCACGAGAUUGAGAAUUGCUCUCGUCGCUUGGGUGACUUUAAUGAUGAGCUGCGCAAUUUGGAUCAUUCACUGGGUCGUUGCGAGGAUCGCCUAGCUGCCCAUGAUGCACUCGGCGGUGCUGCUAAGGAUCCCAAGUUGCUGGAACGAGUCAAGGCCAUUCGCGAGGAGCUGACAAAUCUCAGCAAACCAUUGCAAUCGCUCAAGGCGUUGGCCAAGGACAUUAGUGCAGAAGCCCGUGCCGCUGGCGGAGAUGCCGAUCAUUUGACAAGCGAAGUUGAUGGUUUGGCCGAUCGCAUGUCAGAGCUGCAAGGACGUCUGGAUGAUCGUUGCGGUGAGCUUCAAUCAGCCGCUACAGCCGUCUCGCAGUUCAACGAGCAAAUGAAGAGCUUAGGCAUCGAUUUGAAUGAUCUGGAAACAGAAGUCGAGAAGCUUUCGCCACCAGCUCGCGAGAUUAAGAUUGUUCAACAGCAAUUGGAUGAUGUUAGCAAGCUGCAAAACAAACUGGAUCGUCUUGUCGGUCGCCUCGAGGAUGCAGAGCGUGCUGCCGAUGUCCUGGUUGAUGCCGGCUUUGCUGCUGACACAACUCAAACGCGUGAGCAAAUCUCAACGCUACGCAAGACGUUAGGACGUCUGGAUAAUCGUGUGCGAGAUCAUGAAGACAAUCUUCAGAGCACUCUGAAGGCUCUUCGAGAGUUCUACGACAUUCAAUCACAGACCCUCGAUGACAUCAAGGAUGUGAGCGAUGAGUUCAAGCGCAUGAAGCCCGUAGGAUCGGAACUGGAUCAGAUUCGUCGUCAACAGGAGGACUUCCGCAAUUUCAGAGAGAACAAGGUGGAGCCCCUGGCUGUCAAUGUAGACAAAGUGAAUAUGGCUGGACGCGAUCUGGUUCGUUCUGCAGGCAGUGGAGUUUCGACAAGCACUAUUGAGAAGGAUUUGGAGAAAUUGAACGAUCGCUGGAACGAUCUGAAGGAGCGUAUGAACGAGCGUGAUCGUCGUCUGGAUGUGGCGCUAUUGCAAUCUGGAAAGUUCCAGGAGGCCUUAGCCGGUCUCUCCAAGUGGCUGAGCGAUACUGAAGAAAUGGUUGCUAACCAAAAGCCGCCCAGCUCGGACUACAAGGUAGUCAAGGCUCAACUGCAGGAGCAGAAGUUCCUCAAGAAAAUGCUUCUUGAUCGUCAGAACUCAAUGGGCUCGCUUGCCAAUCUUGGUAAAGAGGUGGCAAAUCAUUGUGAGCCCGCUGAGCGUGCCUCCAUCGAGAAGCAGUUGAACGAUUUGAUGAAACGUUUCGAUGCACUCACCGAUGGCGCCGAGCAACGUGAACAGGAUCUGGAGGAAGCCAUGGAGGUGGCGAAGCGAUUCCACGAUAAGAUCAGUCCACUGGAAUUGUGGUUAGACAACACGGAGCGUGCCGUCAAGGCCAUGGAAUUAAUACCCACGGAUGAGGAGAAGAUUCAACAGCGCAUACGCGAGCAUGAUCGUUUGCACGACGAGAUUCUUGGCAAGCAGCCCGACUUUACCGAUCUCGCCGAUGUGGCCGCUCAGCUGAUGCACUUGGUCAGCGAUGAGGAGGCUGUGAACUUAGGCGAAAAGGUCCGUGGUGUUACCGAACGCUAUACCGGUCUGGUUGAUGCCAGCGACAACAUUGGCGCUCUGCUUGCCGAAUCCCGUCAAGGACUGCGUCACCUGGUGCUUAGUUACCAAGAUCUGGUGGCCUGGAUGGAGAGCAUGGAGAAUGAAUUGAAGCGCUUCAAGUCUGUGCCAGUGUAUGCCGAAAAGUUGCUCGAACAAAUGGAUCAUCUGCUGGAGCUCAAUGAGAAUAUUGCCGGACACGCUUCGAAUGUGGAAUCCACCGUUGAAUCUGGUGCAGAGUUGAUGAAGCAUAUCUCCAACGAUGAGGCCAUCCAGCUCAAGGAUAAACUGGACUCGCUGCAGCGACGUUAUGGAGAUCUUACCAAUCGUGGUGGCGAUCUCCUGAAGAACGCCCAAAAUGCGCUGCCCUUGGUGCAACAGUUCCACGAGGCUCACAAUCGUCUGGUCGAAUGGAUGCAGAGUGCUGAGACUGCCUUGGCACCCAGCGAACCACGACAGGCGGAUGUGCUGCGUCUAGAGAGCGAACUGUCUGAUAUGCGUCCCAUUUUGGACACCAUCAACCUAGUUGGCCCACAGCUAUGCCAACUGUCUCCGGGUGAAGGUGCUGCCACCAUCGAGAGCAUUGUGACCCGUGACAACCGACGAUUCGAUUCGAUUGUGGAACAGAUUCAGCGCAAGGCUGAGCGCCUGCAUUUGAGUAAUCAACGGGCCAAGGAAGUCACCGGUGACAUUGAUGAGCUGCUCGAGUGGUUCCGUGAAAUGGACACCACAUUGCGUGAAGCCGAUCCACCAGGCAUGGAACCCAAACUGGUGCGCGCUCAGUUGCAGGAGCAUCGCUCCAUCAAUGAUGACAUCUCCAGCCAAAAGGGACGUGUUCGCGACGUCACUGCCGCCUCGAAGAAGGUGCUACGAGAGUCUCCACAAAGCGAGAACACUGCCACUCUGCGUGAGAAGCUUGAUGACCUGAAGGAGAUCGUCGAUACCGUUGCGCAACUGUGCAGCGAACGUUUGGGUAUCUUGGAGCAGGCGCUGCCUCUCUCUGAGCACUUUGCCGACUCGCACCAGGGUCUUACCACUUGGCUGGAUGACAUGGAGCAACAAAUCUCACGCCUCAGCAUGCCUGCCCUGCGUCCUGAUCAGAUCACAUUGCAGCAGGACAAGAACGAGCGUCUCUUGCACUCAAUUGCCGAGCACAAGCCGCUGCUCGAUAAGCUCAACAAGACGGGCGAAGCACUGGGUGCUCUGGUUGCCGACGACGAUAGCGCAAAGAUCAAUGAAAUUCUGGACACGGACAAUGCACGCUAUGCUGCAUUGCGUCUGGAGUUGCGUGAACGUCAACAGGCUCUGGAAAGCGCUCUGCAGGAGUCGAGUCAAUUCUCCGACAAGUUGGAGGGCAUGCUGCGUGCUCUAGCCAAUACUGUGGAUCAGGUUAAUCAAUUGGAUCCACUAUCUGCACUGCCACAGAAGAUUCGCGAGCAGAUUGAGGACAACGAUGCUCUGAUGGAUGAUCUGGACAAGCGUCAGGAUGCCUUCAGUGCUGUGCAACGUGCCGCCAACGAUGUCAUUGCCAAGGCUGGCAACAAGGCUGAUCCAGCGGUGCGCGACAUCAAGGCCAAGCUGGAGAAGCUUAACAACUUGUGGAAUGACGUGCAAAAGGCGACGAAGAAACGUGGCAGCUCACUGGACGAUAUCCUCAGUGUUGCGGAGCCCUUCUGGAAGCAAUUAAACAGCGUUAUGAAGACUCUGAAGGAUCUGGAGGAAACGCUGUCCUGCCAGGAGCCACCAGCGGCACAACCGCAAGACAUCAAGAAGCAACAAGUUGCACUGCAAGAGAUCCGACAUGAGAUCGAUCAGACCAAACCCGAGGUGGAACAGGUGCGUCGCCAUGGAAGCAAUUUGAUGAACAUGUGCGGUGAACCCGAUAAACCAGAGGUGAAGAAGCACAUUGAAGAUCUCGACAAUGCCUGGGACAACAUCACUGCAUUGUACGCCAAGCGCGAAGAGAACCUUAUCGAUGCCAUGGAGAAGGCCAUGGAGUUCCAUGAGACACUCCAGAAUCUGCUGAAAUUCCUCACCAAGGCUGAGGAUAAGUUCGCCCAUCUGGGACCCGUAGGCUCUGACAUUGAUGCCGUCAAGCGACAGAUUGAACAACUCAAGUCGUUCAAGGACGAAGUCGAUCCGCAUAUGGUCGAAGUAGAAGCAUUAAACAGAGGUCUAGAAAGACAAGCUGUGGAACUGACGGAACGCACUUCGCCGGAGCAGGCGGCAUCAAUCAGGGAGCCAUUGUCCGUGGUCAAUCGACGAUGGGAGGCAUUGCUGCGCGGCAUGGUCGAUCGCCAGAAGCAGCUUGAGCAUGCCUUGCUCCAUUUGGGACAAUUCCAGCAUGCGCUCAACGAGCUGCUCGUCUGGAUCAACAAGACAGACGGCACGCUGGAUCAGCUUAAGCCGAUUCCCGGAGAUCCACAGUUGCUGGAAGUUGAGCUAGCCAAGCUUAAGGUGCUGGCUAACGAUAUACAAGCUCAUCAAAACUCCGUGGACACGUUGAAUGAUGCAGGCCGCCAGCUUAUCGAGACAGAGAAGGGAUCAGUGGAGGCCUCGACGACGCAAGAGAAACUGCGUAAGCUGAACAACGAGUGGAAGCAACUGUUGCAAAAGGCUAGCGAUCGCCAGCACGAACUGGAGGAGUCUCUGCGUGAGGCCCAGGGCUACAUUGCCGAGGUUCAGGAUAUACUGGGAUGGCUGGGCGAUGUAGAUGCCGUGAUUGGUGCAAGCAAGCCAGUUGGUGGUCUGCCAGAGACUGCCACCGAGCAGCUUGAACGCUUUAUGGAGGUCUACAAUGAGCUGGAGGAGAAUAGGCCUAAGGUCGAAACAAUUCAGGCUCAGGGACAGGAGUACAUCAAGCGUCAAAACCAAAUGAAGGUGUCCUCAAGCAAUCUGCAGCACACUCUGCGCACGUUGAAGCAACGCUGGGAUGCGGUCGUUUCACGUGCCUCCGACAAGAAGAUCAAAUUGGAGAUUGCUCUUAAGGAGGCAACAGAGUUCCAUGAUACGCUACAGGCUUUCGUCGAGUGGCUAACACAGGCUGAGAAACAGUUGUCGAAUGCCGAACCCGUUUCGCGUGUACUGGAGACUAUUCAGGCGCAAAUGGAGGAGCAUAAGGUGCUGCAGAAGGAUGUGAGCACACAUCGCGAGGCCAUGCUGUUGCUGGACAAGAAGGGCACUCAUCUCAAGUACUUCAGCCAGAAGCAGGAUGUCAUUCUGAUCAAGAAUCUACUCGUUUCCGUACAGCAUCGCUGGGAACGUGUCGUUAGCAAGGCUGCAGAGCGCACUCGUGCUCUGGACCAUGGCUACAAAGAGGCACGUGAGUUCAAUGAUGCCUGGAAUGGCAUGAUGCAGUAUCUGCAGGAAACCGAGCAGACAUUGGAUCAGAUCAUCGAGGAGGCCACUGCCUCCAAGGAGCCGCAGAAGAUCAAAAAAUACAUUGGCAAGCUGAAGGAGACACAUCGCCAGCUGGGCGCCAAGCAGUCGGUCUACGAUGGCACCAUGCGCACCGGUAAGAACCUGAUGGAGCGUGCACCCAAGGGUGAUCGUCCCGUGCUCGAUAAGAUGCUGCUGGAGCUUAAGGAGCAAUGGACGCGCGUCUGGUCAAAGAGUAUUGAACGUCAGCGCAAGCUGGAGGAGGCUUUGUUGCUCUCUGGACAGUUCAGUGAUGCUCUUGGCGAGCUUCUCGACUGGCUGAAGAAGGCCAAGAGUCGCCUCAACGAAAACGGACCCGUCCAUGGUGACCUGGAGACUGUGCAGGGACUUUGCGAACAUCACAAGCACAUUGAGCAGGAUCUGCAGAAGCGUGCUGCGCAAAUGCAAGGUGUCCUGAAGACCGGUCGCGAUCUGGAGCGCUCUGGCAACAACCCCGAGGUAGGACGCCAACUCGAUGAGAUGCAGUCCAUUUGGGAAGAAGUUCAGAGUGCAGUCGCCAAGCGUGGCGAGCGCCUCCAGGUGGCCCUGGUCGAUGCAGAGAAACUCAAUGCAAACGUCCAAGCGUUGUUCGAUUGGUUGGAUCAUGCAGAGCACAAGUUACGCUAUGCCAAGAAUGCGCCCGAUGAUGAGAAGGUCUCACGCGAAAUGAUGGAUAUCCACACGGAAUUCAUGCGUGAUUUGCGCGUCCGUGAGCGUGAGAAGAGCGAAACUUUUGAGUAUGCUGAGGAAAUCAUUAGCAAGGCCUAUCCCGAUGCCAUUCCCAUCAUCAAGAACUGGCUGUCGAUUAUUCAACAGCGUUGGGAGGAGGUGCGUCAAUGGGCUAUCAAUCGCGAGUCGAAACUGGAGCAGCAUUUGCAAUCGCUCAAAGAUCUCGAUGACACAAUUGAGGAACUGCUCGCAUGGCUCAGCGGACUCGAGGGUACUCUAUUGAAUCUGAAGCAUGAACAACUACCAGACGAGAUUCCACCUGUUGAGAAACUGAUUGAAGAUCACAAGGAGUUCAUGGAGAACACGGCACGCCGUCAGAAUGAAGUGGACCGCGCCUGCAAGCCACGCCAACUGCCACCAGGUGCAAGGAAGCCAUCGCGUAGCGGCAAGACGCCAGUUCGUGGCUCCAGUCACGAUCUGCGCGAACAGUCGCCCGAUGGCACGCUGAGACGUCAAAGCUUCAAGGGCUCUCGUGAUCAAGGUCUUAAUGCACGCAAGGGCAGUCGUGUUACGCCCACGCGUGAUACGCCCGACAGAGAUCGCCUGCCGCACUAUGGCCCACGUUUCUCGCCAAGCUCCACCGGACCCGAACUUGAAUUCCGCUCACCACGCGCUAAGCUUCUGUGGACCAAGUGGCGCGAUGUCUGGAUGCUCUCAUGGGAGCGCCAGCGUCUGCUGCAUGAGCAUCUCAUGUAUCUGAAGGAUGUGGAGCGUGCUCGCAACUUCAGCUGGGAUGAUUGGCGCAAGCGCUUCCUGAAGUACAUGAAUCACAAGAAGUCGCGCUUGACCGAUCUGUUCCGUAAGAUGGACAAGGACAACAAUGGCAUGAUUCCACGCGAUGUUUUCAUCGAUGGCAUUCUCAAUACCAAAUUCGACACAUCUGGAUUGGAAAUGAAGGCUGUUGCUGAUCUAUUCGAUCGCAAUGGCGAGGGUCUCAUUGAUUGGCAGGAGUUCAUUGCCGCAUUGCGACCCGAUUGGCAGGAACGUAAACCCGCCACAGAUUCCGAUAAGAUCCAUGACGAAGUCAAACGCCUGGUCAUGCUUUGCACAUGUCGGCAGAAAUUCCGUGUGUUCCAAGUUGGCGAAGGCAAAUACAGAUUUGGAGAUUCCCAGAAAUUGCGCCUGGUUCGAAUUCUGCGCAGCACUGUCAUGGUGCGCGUUGGAGGAGGCUGGGUGGCUCUGGAUGAAUUCCUGCAGAAGAACGAUCCUUGUCGCGCCAAGGGACGCACUAACAUUGAGCUACGCGAGCAAUUCAUAUUGGCCGAUGGCGUCUCACAGAGCAUGGCCGCAUUCACGACCAGACGUUCCACGCCCAAUGCUGCCCAAACUGCCAACAGUUCGCAAAAUGGCGGCGCCGGUAGCCCCAACUUGCCGCCAUAUAUGAGUGGACAGGGUCCCAUCAUAAAGGUUCGCGAGCGUUCGGUACGUUCGAUACCCAUGUCAAGGCCAUCGCGAUCAUCGCUCUCGGCCAGCACGCCAGACUCGCUCAGCGAUAAUGAGGGCAGCCAUGGAGGACCAUCGGGUCGCUAUACGCCCCGCAAGGUUACGUAUACACGCACGGGUCUGACGCCAGGCGGAUCACGUGCCGGCUCCAAGCCCAAUUCUCGCCCGCUCAGCAGACAAGGCUCCAAGCCGCCCUCGCGUCAUGGCUCAACACUGUCGCUGGACAGCACAGAUGAUCACACACCCUCGCGCAUACCGCAGCGUAAACCAUCCGCAUCGAGCACCAUUAGCGGCACAGGAACAAGCACAACACCCCGCCCGGCUCGUCUGUCAGUGACCACUGCCACACCGGGCAGCAGGCUGAAUGGCACCAGUACCAUCACACGCAAAACCGCAUCUGGUUCUGCGAGUCCAGCGCCCACAAGCCGCCCAUCAAGGAUACCGGUUAAGAUACCUCUGAACGAUUCCAAAACAUCAUCGCCCACCAGUUCGACAGGCAAUCCUAGCUUGGGGCGCAACAUCAGUGGCAGCUCAACGCCAUCGGGAAUGCAAACACCACGCAAGACCUCCGCUGAGCCAACAUUCAGCUCGACCAUGAGGCGGACGUCGCGAGGCACCACGCCCACUGAGAAACGCGAACCAUUCCGGCUAUAAGUCGGCGAUUGGAGGACCCAACAGUUUGAAAUGCCAAUUAUCAAUUAAUACACAAAUUACUAACAAUGCACUGAAGUUAUUUAACUAAUCAACAACAAAUUGUGAAUUACCUGCCUCCCUCCCCCCAAGUACAUCCCCACAACAACAACAACAACAAGCUAAGAAAAUGUUACAUUAAAAUGUUAAAAUGUAUCACUAGCAACCAGUUAAAGAAGAAUGAAGAAAUAUGUUGGUAAAGCAUAAAAGACACAAUGAGUGAUGACAAGAAGGAUAGAGAGUAAAAUGUAGUUUUAUAGUUCAGAGUUUAUAAAGCUAUCACACAAAGUUGAUCCGAAAGAACGCAACCUACUUACGAGAGUACUACUAACUAAUGCAAACUUUUGCUACUACUAAUAUUUAAUGCCUAUUUACUAGUUAUACAUAUAUUUCCAAAUUUAUAAUUUGUAUAUAUAAUAAUAUAAUGCAAAAUACACUCCAAGUGCUUUAAGGCAAUUAAAAGGAAUUAUUAAAAAAAGAAAAAUUAUAAAAAAAAACAUUCGAAUUAAAGUGCCGAGAUGCUCUGCCAUCUAAUUACAAUAUUCGAUUGCGUUCUCAAAAUCGCCAGUUUGAGGUCGCUUUUGAUGUUGUAAAGAUGGCAGUUGCAUUGAGGUUGAAAAAAAGAGAAAAUAAUCCCGUUAAAAAAUAAAAUCUGAUUUUGUUGUGUUAACAAUAAUAGUAAAUGAGAAGGCCACAUAAAAGAAGAAUGAGGAAAUUAUUUAAUUAUAUACUAAAAGUCAUUACUCUAAGUUUAAUUAAUAUUUAGUUACUAAGCGCAAAUACCACACACAAUUUGUAAUGCAUAAUUAUUUUUGAUUUGUAUAUGCAAAUGGAAAACAAAAAGAAAACUAAGAGAAACAAAAGCGACAACAAAUUCAAACGAAAUCCCGUUUAUAUAAAUAUUGUAUAAUACUAAUACUAAAUUAUUUUGUUAUACGAAACGAGAGAAACAUUCAACGUUUUUGUAAUACUUCUUAAUUAAAACAAUUCAAACGAGAAAUAAACAUUUACAAAAAAAAUAUUAAUAACAAA